GGCACUUCGGUCCCUUUCUGAAAUGGUGCCAGCAGCCUCCGCUCGAAGCAAGCGUGUGCAGCGGCGAAUACGUGCCAGGAGAGCAGGGAAGGCUCUGGUGCUGCCGACAGGGAGGACAACAAGCUGGGUGGAUUUGAGAGAUUAUGGCAUCUGAAGCUCACAAUGUUAAAAAACAGAAAGUAUUGCAUAUUGAAGGUCAUCCCGUUGAUCUCCCCAGAAAAAGAAUCUCUUCUUCCACUAAAAAGAUCAUGAAGGAGGGUAAGAAAUCUCCAAAACAGCUGGCUUCAUACACAAACAGAGUAACGGUUGGAAAAACGGUGACCAGUCCACUCUCUCUUUUCAAAGUGGUAUAUUGUAAAAGGAAAGUUCAUUGUUAUACUGCAAAGCCUUGUUACAGAAAGAAACUGUGCCCUAAAUCUAGGGGCCGUGACAUGGCAAAUAAAGAAAAUGAACUGGCUUGUGCAGGGAAUCUGCCAGCAAAACUUCACAACAGUCGUACACACUUGCUGAAUUCUAGUGACUCUGGCUCAUCUCAAACAGAAGGCCCCUCAUCCAAAUACAGCGCAUUUUUUUCGGAGGUUUCUCAGGACCAUGAAACUAUGGCUCAAGUUCUUUUCAGCAGGAAUCUGAGACUGAAUGUGGCUUUAACCUUUUGGAGAAGGAGAAGUAUAAGUGAACUGGUAGCCUACUUAGUGAGGAUACAGGAUCUUGGAGUAGUUGUAGACUGCCUUCCUGUGCUUACAAACAGUUUACAGGAAGAAAAACCAUAUGUUUCAGUUGGCUGCUGUGUAGAUCUUUUGCCUUUAGUGAAAUCCCUGCUUAAAAGCAAAUAUGAAGAGUAUGUGAUAGUUGGUUUAAACUGGCUUCAGGCUGUCAUUAAAAGAUGGUGGUCAGAACUAUCUGCGCAUACAGAAAAGGCAGAAGAUGGAAACAUUCAUAUUUUAAAACAACAGCUAAGUGUUUUGUGGGAACAGGAGAAUCAUCUUACUCUGGUUCCAGGAUAUACUGGUAAUAUAGCUAAGGAUGUAAAUGCUUAUUUAUUGCAGCUGCACUGACAUGAUGGGGAAACAGUGUGCUUAUGUGGUGGAACAAUCCCCUAAAGUAUCCCUGAAAUAUGUACUGAAAGCCUUUUGAGAUAAUACUGGUAGAAGAGAACUGAACUGUCAAGCUCUUUAAUGAAACCACUAACAAAAACCCUAACAAUCUACUUCACAUUGAAGUGGAAAAUUGUCUAGUAGGAGCAACUUUUACUUCAGUGAGGUGAAAGUGCACUAUGAAAACUGUAUGCCUUUGCUGCAUUUGGGAUUCGCUCAGUUACUAGGUAUUCCUUUAAAUGCUACUGUAUUUUACAUCAUCGUGUAAAAGAAGAUGAAUUACACUGUCAUGAAGACAAGACAGCAGAACCAGUUAUAAGGAACCAACAAAACCAAUCAGCAUUAAGAGCUUUUAAAUGUCUCUUUCACAAGAGAACUCCAAAAUGCACAACUAUCUUCUAAUUACAUUAAAAAAUACAAAAAAAUUUGAUAUAUUCAGUUACUCUAUGUUUUAAUCAAAUUAUUAAAGACAGUUUUUGUUUGCACUAUUGAGAAACUAUACAGAAAUGAUGCCUUAAUUACUAGUGUUUCAAAAAGCCAAUGUGUUAAGAUGCAAAUAGCUAUUAUGUUCAGAUUGUGAUGAAAAACUACAAAAAUCAGGGUUUCACAUUGUGUAGUUAAUGAAACAUUGCACAUAUACAAAGAUACAUGUAUGAAAAAUAUUAUAAAUACCUGAAGUUAAGCUUGGAUAAACAGUUAUUGCAAAUGUCAGCAGAAUGGUGAAUUUAUGUCUAACAAAUGUUUUUAUACUGUAUGUGGAUUUCUAACAAAGUAAUCUUGUUCUGUAUCAUCAAACUACAUGCAAAUAAGUAAAUAUAUUAAAUAUAUCUACUGUUUUUUCUUUUCAAGUUCAAAAAAACCAAUUUCUAGAAUAAUCUCUUCCACACUUUUUAUCAUAGAUGUUUGUCUGUUGUUUGAAAUGUUUACAGCCAGGUGAGGCCGUGUUAUUCAAAUCACACCCUUUUUAUACUACCUCCUUUAAGAAAAUGACAAAGAGCUUUUGCAAAAUUGGUCAAGUUCUAACCUGAUCAAUGAUGGCAAAUUCUUAGCAACAACAGCAUUGAGAAUACAGCUAUAAACUUUUACUGUCGUAUUGAUAUGCUGGUCUACUUUAAUUUAAAAGUAAUAGCUCUGAGGGAGUCUUAAUCUUAGGCUUGCUGUUGCCUUUUUAAAUUUUGUGAUUAGGAAGCGUGCUUUUUCAGUUAAAACUCAUGAAGUGCCAGCUCUUCACUUAAAAGUAUACAUGUACAGCAUGUAUGACCAAAUAGACUACUUCCUUAAAAAUUAAUACUUGCAAGGGUUGUUUUCAUACCUAGCAUUAAGUAUGUGCACUUUUACUGACGUGCAGGAGAAGGGUCUUUUGAUAGCCCCAAGUGGUUUUUGCUUUACAGAAUAAAUAAAUAAAUUUUAAACUCCUGUAGCGGUCAAAAACUUCAGGCCUCCUGUUGCUUAGUUUUGUAUUUAGUUUAUGUAUCAUUGUUGCUGACUUCUGAAGGCCAACUAGAAAUCUGUCAUCAGAACUUGGUGCUUUUGAUAUUUGACUGUUCUGUAAACCACCAAAGUUUUGCAUUUCCUAGGGCAGUCAGUUACAAAGAGUUUCUGGGACAUCCAGAAACUUUGUGGGACAAUCUGGAGACAUGCACAUAGCCAAUCUUUUUGCUAGAAUUAUUAUGUAUCAUUAGAGAUAUUUCAUGCUCAAAAAGUUUUGAGAUAGGACUUUUCAAAUAUCCUUACUGUCAAUUAAAAAUCUAAAGGAACUAUAGUAUGACAGCACUCUGUAUUACUUUACUGUUCUGUUGGAUGCUUAGAUGAAAAAGUAACGAAGUCUAGUUUAAUCAUUUGGGUGGCAAUUACUGAAACUGUUAGAUUAUUCGUCAAGGAGAAUACUGUCUAUAGAAACUCAGAUUUUUAUUUUUUUUUAAUAGACAAAAUAAAGUAACUCAUGGCCAUUAAUUUCUGAGAAUAUAAGAAAGCAUAGUUGUAAUUAAUUAAAGAAACACUCUAGUAUUUAAAAAUCUAGCUUGAAUGUAGAUUUAGAUACAUGGGCUUAUAAUGAAUUCUGUAUGUGGCCAUAGAGUUACCAAAUCCUAAGUGUGGACAGUGCUUUUGUUUUAGAGGCAAGGUAAGAUUGAUAUGAGGAUCAUUACUGAGGAAUAUCUAAUAAAGUAAUGCAUUCUUUUUAACUGCCAGAAGUUGUAUUUUGACAGGAUCAAUAAUACAGUAUUAAACAUUGUCAUUAGCAUCUGUGCCUUAUUUUAAAUGAAUUUUUUACUGUUUUCAGGCAGCUACUAGACUGUAAGAACAGGAUUCAGGUAUUAUUGUAUUAUUAAAUGAUUUUUUCCAUCAUGUUCUUAAUUCAUUUAAACUAUUCGCACUAAUAUUCAGGCUCAGCUUCUUGUAUUCUCUCUAGUUCUUAAAUGGCUAGGAACAGUUUUGCUGUUGCAAAAUGUAAAUGUAUAAUACCUGAUCAAAGUUGGCAUGAGUUAAAUGUCUUAUCCUCUGUGUAACUUUACUAGAUUCAUAGAGUUGUCCCAGUGAAUCAAAGUAUUAAGUUUCAGCUACCCCAUGCAUAAAUGCUAAUCUUUGUGACCGUUUAUAAAAAUGGUGUUUCUAGGAUGUGUCAGAAGAUCCAGGCAGAAUUAAUCCUUUUCCUGUUCGUGUGGUGCAGAAGCAUAUGUGUACUUGAGGAUGAAGGAUGCCUCCACAAAGCUGUUCUUCAUGUCAUACCACUUGAUACAAAACUGAUGUCUUUAGAAAACAGUGUCUUUUGCCUCAGUGUUCCCCAAAAGAACUUGAGGCUGUUUUGCUGAAGGAGUACUUUUAAGUGUGACCCAGAAUUUGCUCAUCCCCUAAACUGAAAUUAAAGAAUCCUUCUGGCAAACUGUCUUUUUCUGCAGGGCUCAAAAAAAAAAAAAAGUCUGGUAUUUUGUAAAUGUAAGUGGCCAAGCCGAGGUAUUGCUGAUAGCUGGCUGAAGAGUGGAGGUGGAAAAAUACCCAUUAAUUAGCUGAAUAUGAAGAAGUUUGCGUGUCUUAAUGAUUAUGUAUGGCUUUAUUUUGAAGGAGCUAUGCCUAUUUCUCUUUUAUCACACAGGUACGUCAGUUCCACAUUCCUUAAUAGUGCUUGCAGAUUGUUGCUGGCAUUAAAAAAAAUAGCAUCAGCCCUCCAAGAUCUUUCCCUCUGCAGUGAGAUAUAAAUAUUUUGGUUUUUUUUUCCUCUCCUGUUAUUGUUGCUUUAUCAGAGUCCACAGUUUUAACACUUGAGGUGCAGGAGGGAUGGGAGAGUAGGAAGUGACGAAAAGUAUGCAUGCCCUAUGCUCAGUGACAUCAGCUCCGCUGCAUUAUAAAGCAGGCUGUAUUUUCAUUUCCUGGCCUCUGAAGUGAGCAACUUUGGAGUUAAAUGUCUUUAAUACAUUUUGCAUUGAAGAGAUAAAGGUUUUGAAGAUGGAUGCUACAGUGUUAAUUUGUCCUUUGGGGUUUUUUUUGGUUGGUUGGUUGUUUCGGGGUUUUUUUGCAGGUGUGGGUUUUUUGUUUGUUUGUUUGUUUUUUUCUUCUUUCUUGAAAGAUCGGUCAUUCUUAUGUGUGGAAACUUGAAAGUUUCUUAUGUGAAACUUAUAUUUUAGACUUAGCAAGUGGUUGCUUUUUGCCAGUUCAUCUUGACAAAUCUUCCAGUUCUACGGAAGACUGAAUGUCAGUCUUAGUGUGGAGAUUUGCAGCUAUUGUUUGCGCCUAGUUUAUUGGUGCAAAGUGAAACUGGUGGUUCAUAGUCAACUAUUUCAGAAUACAAAACCAUGCAAAUUGUGGUACCGGUGUAAAGUUAUUCUAGCUUUCCACAACAAAUGCUUACGUUUAUGGAAGCCGUUGAUUCUUUCAAGAGGAACUUUAUAUUGAGCUGAUGUUGCAUUAGUGAAGGAAAAAAACAAAGCAGUUUUUAAUAGCCUUGGUAAAAGCCAGACAGUGUAGUCUUAAUUUUUGCCUUCAGUCUACCAUCCUACACACAGUAAUCAUUGUAGGCUACAGAUAAAAGAUUCACAGAGAAAUAGAUUGAGCAUGCUUGUGUUAUUAGUGCUUAUGUUAUCGGUCUUUAAAUAAUUUAUGUUUAUUCCAUGGGUUAAAUAGCUUGGUUUAUUUCUCAGAAUAAGACUAAAUGCAGCAAUUUUUCUGCCCCUUUCCACAUAUAUUCUUUAGCACUUAAUGAUGUUAUUUAUUGCUCAUCUACUUUAAAUAUACUGAGUGUGUCUUGUUAGAAGUGAGGAGGGGAAGAUGAGAACGCUAGACAAAACACAGGGCUAGCUGUUUAACAUGAUUCAGUUAGAAGCAACUGAAAAAUUUUUAACUUCAAAACUUUUCACGCAAAUUUUGUUAAUACCUACAAAUUGAAGUGUGCACUCACAGCUUGAAGUUUGACUUUGAACUUGGUUGGAAAAAAAUAAAGUGCUUUCUGUUCUAAAUAACUGUAGCUGCAGAAUUGUUUCUGUUGGUUUUUUUUGUGUGUUGAGUAGUAAGCUGGACUUGGAUACUAACCUGCCAUAAGGGAGGCAGGAAGUGUAGCACUGUCCCUUAAAGGGAUAAAAUGGAAAUAUCCACAUAGUCUUCAACUGUUGCAGACCUAGAAUAUUUUUGUUUCUGUACUGAUGGGAGUUUUGUAGUAUAUCUCUUUAGAUUGUGACUGCUGAUCAUUGCUGUAAAAUGAUAUCUGCUACUUUCAGCUUGAAUGUGGUUGAAUGUUGUGAAUCCAUAGUGGUUGUGAUUCAUAUGGAUCACUGCUUCAGUUCAGGCAGUCAGUGCUUUGAGUGCUCUAGUGUAGAUGAGCAACUAAGUGUUGGGGUCUCAAACAUCUGUUCUUUGCUGUAACAAAACACAAGAACACCCACCUUUAUCUUUCCCACCUUUUUAUUCUUCCCUUAUUCUUUUAUUUAAGUGCUUAGAACCAUUUGGAUCACCUUUGGAAAGUGAUAGAUGCUAAAAUGUGAUAAAAUACGUUUACACAUUCUUCUGAUUUUUUUAAAUACAGUUCU